CUUAAUGAAACAGGUAGUUGUCUGACUUGUCCACUGAUUUCUCAGUACUGAGGAGGCACGCGGAAUCUUAUCAGUGGUACCAGCUCUUUGGGAUAUUGUAUGACACUACAUCAUGAGUGACAGUAAAUGUGAUAGUCAGUUUUACAGUGUGCAAGUGGCAGACUCAACUUUCACUGUCCUAAAACGCUACCAGCAGUUGAAACCAAUUGGCUCAGGAGCCCAAGGAAUUGUUUGUGCUGCUUUUGAUACAGUUCUUGGGAUUAAUGUUGCAGUCAAGAAACUAAGCCGUCCUUUUCAAAAUCAGACUCAUGCAAAGAGAGCUUAUCGCGAACUUGUCCUCUUAAAAUGUGUCAAUCAUAAAAAUAUCAUUAGUUUAUUAAAUGUGUUUACACCACAAAAAACUCUAGAAGAAUUUCAAGAUGUGUAUUUGGUUAUGGAAUUAAUGGAUGCUAACUUAUGUCAGGUUAUUCAUAUGGAAUUGGACCAUGAAAGAAUGUCCUACCUUCUUUACCAGAUGCUUUGUGGUAUUAAACAUCUACAUUCAGCUGGUAUAAUUCAUAGAGAUUUGAAGCCUAGCAACAUUGUAGUAAAAUCAGAUUGUACACUUAAGAUCCUUGACUUUGGUCUGGCCCGGACAGCAUGUACCAACUUUAUGAUGACCCCCUAUGUGGUAACUCGGUAUUACCGGGCCCCUGAAGUCAUUCUGGGCAUGGGCUACAAAGAGAACGUUGAUAUCUGGUCAGUGGGUUGCAUCAUGGGAGAGCUGGUGAAAGGUUGUGUGAUAUUCCAAGGCACUGACCGUAUCCUUCCCCAGGACCUCGGCCCUGCCAUGCUUUCCAUACCCAGGGCAGCUUGAUCACACCGGCUCACCUGAACAUGCAGAGGGAGGUGCCACAACGCCAAGCAGGCUCCAAGGGGUCUUGGUUACGUUUGUUCAGUUAGUGUCACAAGCCAAGUGGUUCACUUAACUACCUGUGACAAUUUUGUUGAGACCUAAAUUUGAGUCAAUUAUGUUAGCUGUUAAUUUUAUUAAAGAUAUUGGACAUAUCCAAAAAAUUAUUUACUCUUUGAUAAAUCUGCUCUAUACUUAAAUGAAAACACCAUUUUAUAAUUUAGUUCAUCCUAUUAGAUUAGCUAGGAAAGCUGUCACCUAAAUGAGUUUGUUCGAAUUAGUUAAUAUAUUUUGUUAGUUAUUGGUAUAUCUUAUUUUUCCUCUAUAGUAAGAACUGAGACAGAAAAACAGAACUGAGGCACAUUACAUGAGUUGCACAUGGAAAUGGCUCAAAUAAAAAUUUUAUGAGAAAUAGUUUGUUACUCUGCUGACAUGUUAUAGAAUUUUUAGUGACAUACUGGGAUUAUUUAUUGACAUACUGGGAAAGUUAAAUAUAAAAUGUAAAAAAUUAACUCAUGUUGUAGUCAGUAAAUAUAUUGAUGAUAUAGUAUAAAAAUAGGAUAGGUAACAUAAAAGUUCUAAUUCUUUCUUUCCUUAUAAUCAUUCUUCCAUCUCUAAAAUUUUUCACACCACCAUGGUUGUUCACAUAAACCCCUUUUCAUUCGUAUAUUAACCUCUAUUUUCAUUAGUCUUUGAUUUUGUUUUUUGUUAUGAAAAUUUAAAAUGGUCUUUAUUUCUGGGCAGGUUCAUGGUUGCUUUUAAAGGAAAUUGAGGUCUGUAGUCUCAAAAGGUUUUUAUUAUUUUUUAUUAUUUUUU